AUGCGAACAAAGCAGGUCCCAGUUCUCUGGGCAUGCUUCCUCCUGUGGAGUCUCUACUUCGCCUCUUCCCAGACCAUUUACCCUGGAAUCAAGGCGAGGAUCACCCAGCGUGCACUAGACUACGGUCUUCAAGUUGGAAUGAAGAUAAUGGAGCAAUUGGCAAAGGAAAUCGUCAUCCCAGAUUUGAAUGGCUCUGAGUCUCUUAAAUUUCUGAAGAUUGACUAUGUAAAGUACAACUUCUCGAACAUAAAAAUCAACUCAUUUUCAUUCCCAAACACCUCGCUGGCCUUUGUACCUGGGGUGGGAAUCCGAGCACUGAGCAACCACGGCACUGCCAACAUCAGCACCAACUGGGACGUCAAGGCUCCGCUUUUUCAAGACUCAGGAGCUGCCGAUCUGUUCCUCUCUGGAAUCUACUUUACCGGCGUAGUGGCCCUCACCCGUAAUGACGUUGGUCAACCAGCUCUGGAACUCCAAGACUGCCACGUACAAGUGAGCCAUGCCAGAGUCUCAUUUUCCGGAAGCCUCAGUGUACUCUAUAACUCCUUUGCUGAGCCCAUGGAGAAACCCAUCCUAAGGAAUUUAAAUGAAAUGCUUUGUCCCAUUGCCGUCAGCCAAGUGGAAGAAUUCAAUGCUAACAUCAGCGCCCUGGAGGUUUUAACCAAGAUCGACAACUACACUGUGCUGGAUUGUUCCCUGAUCAGUCCUCCGGAAAUCACCGAGAACCACCUUGACUUUAACUUGAAGGGUGCGUUCUACCCGCUGGAAAGCCUCGUCGACCCUCCCUUCGCGCCGGCUCCCUUCGACCUCCCAGACAGCAGGGACUCCAUGCUCUACAUCGGCAUCUCUGAGUACUUCUUUAAAUCUGCCUCAUUUGCUCACUUUGUGUCUGGGGCUCUUGGCACCACGCUGUCCACCAGGGAGAUUUCCAACUAUUUCAAUCAAAAUGCUCAAGGAUUCGGCAGUGUGCUCUCCAAGAUUGCAGAGAUCUACAUCUUGUCUCAGCCGUUCAUGCUGCAGAUCAUGGCCACGGGGCCUCCUGUGGUCAACUUACACCCGAACAACUUCAGCCUGGAGUUCCCUGCCGCCGUCAUCAUGCUCACUCAACCGGACAACGCUACUAUCCAGCCCAUCGUCUCCAUGGACUUUGUUGCAAGUACCAGUGUUGGCCUGGCUAUUUUGGGACAAAAACUGAUCUGCUCUUUAUCUUUGAACAGAUUCCGCCUCUCCUUGCCAGAGAACAGCCAUCGAGAUGUUAAGGUUGUGAGGUUCGAGAAUAUCCUGUCUUCCAUUCUACACUUCGGAGUUCUGCCCCUGGCCAACACAAAACUGCAGCAAGGAUUUCCUCUCCCCAACCCCUACAAUAUCUCAUUCAUCAAUUCGGAUAUUCAAGUUCUUGAGGGUUUCCUUCUGAUCUCUACUGACCUGGCCCAUGAAACAUCCUCAAAGCCACAGCCAAAUCUCCACAGCUGGGGGGGUCUGAACCUGGUACGUGGACCAUGGAGAGAGCAGCCAACCCGCUGA